AUCAGAAAUAUACUCGAAUAAGAUUUGCGGAUAAGGUUUUGGGCCUGGGCCAGGGCCCGUGUCCAAAAAAACCCUAGGCUAACGCUUUUAUAAAGAUCACACAGACAUGUGUUAGACGCUGAAUUUGUGAAACGAGGUAUCUAUGACGGUUCUCUUUGAUUAGAUGCAAAGCAAAUCGAAUAGUUGGAGAGAGUGAGUGUGUGAGAAUCAUAAGCAAGAUCAGCUUCUUGAUUGGAACUCGGUGAAACUAGAGUCCAGUCAAUAAUCCUUAUUAUCUUGCGAUAUUGAGUUUAACAGUGUCACUCGUCUGAAUGUGAUUUUUUCUGAUCUUUCAGGCCCUUUAUCACUGCAACAUCUUUUUCUUUUGGUUGAUUUGGAUUUUCGUUUUGAAAUUUCUAUUAUAAUUGAUUUGAGUUAAUUUGGUGUCUUUCAUGAGGCAAACGCACUCUGUCCCAAAACCUUGUGCAAUGUUUUGAGGCAAUUUCUUCGUUUGCUAUAGUAACAGGCAAAUGGCAUUUCUUUAAACCGCGAUCUUGGAAUUUCUGUGGCGGGUUUUUGCCUAUUGCCUAUUGCCUACAUUGUUUGGUUAUAUAUUCUCUGGUUCUUGACUUCUUGUUUAUUAAAGAACAUGAUCUUGUCCUGAAAUCGGAAAAGUGCUGAUGGCAUUUUGAGACCCUUAAUCGAGCCCUACUAGGGUUUUAAGGAAUUAUUUGUUUAUCAUAGUAAAAUGAGAUGGUACUUUCGAGCCUUGAUGACAACAGAUCUGGCUGCAAGAACUCUAUGGGAUGCUAUGACGAUGACCCUAAUGUCAUGGAUUUUCCUGGAGGACCAGUAGAAUUCAUCCCUGAAAUGAGGUUUAUAUCUGAAUCCUCUAAAGAGAGAAUACCCUGCUAUCGUGUCCUUGAUGAUAAUGGGCAGCCAAUUUUGGGCCAUAACUUUGUGCAGGUCAGUGAGGAAGUUGCUCUUAAAAUGUAUACUGACAUGGUUACUCUCCGAUCUAUGGACACUAUCUUCUAUGAAGCACAAAGGCAAGGCAGGAUAUCGUUUUAUGUGACAGCAAUUGGAGAGGAGGCUAUCAAUAUUGCUUCAGCUGCAGCUCUUGCCAUGGACGAUGUCGUUUUCCCUCAGUAUAGGGAAGCGGGAGUCUUGUUAUGGCGCGGUUUCACUCUGCAGGAAUUUACAAACCAGUUAUUUUCCAAUAAAAAUGAUAAUGGGAAAGGAAGGCAGAUGCCAGCUCAUUAUGGAUCCAAGAAGCACAAUUACUUUACAGUCGCAUCAACUAUUGCUACACAAAUUUCCCAUGCCGUUGGAGCUGCUUAUUCCUUAAAGAUGGAUAAAAAGGAUGCAUGUGCUGUCACUUACUUUGGUGAUGGUGGAUCAAGUGAGGGAGAUUUCCACGCUGCUUUAAAUUUUGCAGCAGUUACGGAGGCCCCAGUUAUUUUUAUAUGCCGGAACAAUGGAUGGGCUAUCAGUACUCCCAUUUCUGAUCAGUUUCGAAGUGAUGGUGUUGUUGUGAAAGGACAAGCCUAUGGAGUCCGUAGCAUCCGUGUAGAUGGAAAUGAUGCCUUGGCCAUUUAUAGUGCUGUUCAAGCUGCUCGUCAAAUGGCAGUUACUGAAGAGAGACCAAUUCUAAUAGAAGCUCUUACAUAUAGAGUUGGACACCACACCACAUCAGAUGACUCUACCAAGUAUCGUCCAGCAAAUGAGAUUGAAUGGUGGAGAGUGGCACGUGAUCCUGUGGCUAGAUUUAGAAAGUGGAUAGAAAAUAAUGGCUGGUGGAAUGAUAUGGCUGAGUCAGAGCUUAUAAACAAUUUGAGACAACGGCUUCUGCAUACAAUUCAAGUUGCAGAGAGUGUAGAAAAACCACCACUAGCUGAUUCAUUUACUGAUGUUUAUGAUGUCCCUUCAUCAAAUCUCCGUGAACAAGAGCAAUGGCUGAAGGAGAUUGUAAGAAAACAACCACAAGAGUACCCAGCAAAUAUUUUAGUUUGACGUCAAUACGCUUAUACAGAUUACAUUGCUUCUAAUAAAAAAUGUCUUCAAACUUGUAUUCUUCGUGUAUGAAUAUUGCAUGUGUAUUUUGCUGUCCUGAUUGUGCACUUCAAUCGUGUAUUUUCAUUUUGGGUGUUGUUUAGCAGUUCCCUACCUACAUAAUUUGUUAAUCGAUUGGGUUGAAAGGCAAUUCACCAUGAGAUUAUAAAAAAAAAAUUACAUGUAAAAUAAAAACUGCAUACAUGCCAUUGAAGAUUAUGCUACCGAAGGAGAUUAAGACCCCUUCUUUUUAGUGGAUUU